AUGGCAUCAUCGCAAGUUCAAUUUGCUGCUCCUUUUCAAUUUGGUUGUGUUUCUCCUGGUGCUGCAUGCCAUGAGCACAUCAAGAACUUUGAACAGGACAAUCUUGAUGAUUCUUGGGUCUCAAGAGUUUCUAGGAACAACCUUGGAACUCUUGGUUUCUUAAAAAAGAAUCAUGUUUCAGUCAAUGAAAAAGAAGACUCUUCGCUGUCUGCGCUGAUGAGCCCAAGGCACUCAGCAACAGUUAAGGACCAUCAUCAUAAUAAUCAUCAUCAUGAUAAUCAUAAGGAGAAUCCUCUAAGGUGUUCAAGUUUUGUUUUGAGGUCCUCCAAAUCUUGUGCUCCUGCUGAUGACUCUUCAUCUGUAGCUGAUAUCUCGCACCUCGCGGCUUCUUCUCUUGUUCGGAUAUGGGAGAAAAGGCUCCACCAUUACAACAAUGAGGCUCAGGCACAGGUUCAGGUUCAGGCUCAGGCUCAGGCUCAGGCUCCAGUAUCUCCGGUCCCAGGUAGCCCGCGCAUUAGGGGACGCCGCGCAUUCAGUGAUUUGUUGUUGCAGUUUGAGAAUGAUCGCUAUAGAGAGCUUAAGGACCUUGCAUUGAGGGCUCCAGUUUCCAAGUUCACACAAAGAGGUCGCAUUCAGUCAGUGCUGAAACUAAGAUUGUUACAACGCGGAGUAGCAGAAGCUUUUGAUCAAUCAGCAAUAUCUAAGAUGAACAAGAACAACCAACCACAAGGAUAUGGAAUUAAGGAGAUAAGGGAAAGAUUUGGCACAGGAAUUAAGCAUAAAUCUCCAGCCCCAACAAUAGUUUCAGAUCCAGGAAUGACUGAGAGAAAUGUAUCAAAUAACAUGACAGAACCUAAACAGAACGCAAUCAUGCAGACUAGUUCCAAUAACAAGGAAUUAGAUCAUUCAAGUUCAUAUCUCACAUUCCAAGGACAAUGCUUUGAUUCUCAAAAUGAUGAUCAUGAAGUUACAAAAGAAAUCACUAUCACACCUUCACCAAUGGUUGAUUCAAAUGCAAAUAAAUCUGAUCAUAACGUAGAGACAAGUGAACAGAAAUAUUCCACUACUGCUAAUACUACUGAAGCUUGUCACAAUCAUACAUCAGAAAAUGAGAAUGGAAUUAAACAGCAGCAGUGUACCGAAAACUGUUACGAUGAAAUCGAAGAGGAAGAGGAAGAGAUCGAUGACCAAACCUAUGAUGAAGAUAGUAGUUAUGAUUGGAUCAGUCCUAUUUCUCGACCUAGAAGCUACUGGGAAGAACGUCGUCAGGAAUGGUAUAGGGAGAUGCUUGGCUAUGGUUCGGACAAUGACGAAAUCCGCAAUCUCCUUCAAAGAAAAACAGUUUCCACAUUCCUUUCAACCGCCGAGUUCCGCGAGAAGAUAGAUAGAUUAAUGAUGUCUCGAACUGGAUCGAUAUCACGAACACUUCAGGGUGACGACGGUGACGACGAUGACUAUGAAGAGAGAAGGCACCGUCGAUUAAUGGAGUUUUUCAAACAGCGCCUGAAUUCGAGUGGCAGUCCUCAAGAAAGUGGCAGAGACGAGGAAGCGAGAGUAACUCUUCGCCAACGCUUCAUACACCUUCCCCUGUGA